AUGUCUGCAGCCGGUGUUGAAGCCUGUUUAAAGCGUAUACAAUCACACAAAGGAGUGGUAGGAACUAUAGUGGUUAAUGCUGAUGGAAUACCAAUAAAAACGGACCUCGACAAUGCUAAUACACUGCAGUAUGCCUCCGCAUGCAGGAACUUAACGAUGCUGGCCAGCAACACGGUGCGGGAUAUGGACCCCCAAAAUGAGCUCCUUAUUGUUAGGGUGUCUUCCAGAAAGAAUGAGAUGAUAAUAGCGCCUAAAGAAGGUUAUCAUUUGAUUGUUGUUCAGACCAAAACAGAGUGAGGUUACGAUGGCUCAAGGAUCCUUGAAUGUCUUGACAACAGUGUGGUGAAACUUGAGAAUCCGAGUGAAUUCUUCAUCUUGAGUGAAAUACUGCUUUAGACGGUACCCAAUCAAUUAAAUCUAUAGACGUCAUUAACUGUUAAAUUAAUGGUAGACACGGCACGUCUGGCUGACUACUGGCAUGUAGUUUAAUGCGCUUUAUUUUUCUCCUAAACUUCUUAGUACAAAAGACGUUGUAGUUUUACAUAAAAAUAAUACUUCUUUGAAUACUUUGGAUACUUUCAUUACCAGAAAUUGCGGACAAAAUGUCGUCAGCGAUUGAAAACGAUACUUUAAAAAUAGCCGCCGAUAUUACAGUAAAAUGUAUGGGGUGA